CGAUGGAUGCUGGAACAGUCUUUCCACCUGGGGUGGAAGGCUUCCAUCCGUCAUUGAUGCGGCGAGAAAAGACCUCGUCACUGCUGGAAAAGUGUGACGCCUUGACCGGGGGGCCCGAUACUCAGGGCUUGCCACCGGGCACCGUUGCCAGAGUGACCUUUGCAUGCACAAUCCUUCAAGCUCUGGUCAUGUGGAACGUAGGGGAUGAGUUACUUCCCGUGAUCGAGCUCUUGUUGACGAAAUACAAGGACCGCGUGCACGCGGACGCACGAGCAGCCGUUGUCUGGGUGUAUAUUCUGAAACUGAAGCGCAAGAGACCAGAAGUCCCGAGCGAGAAGGAUGAGCUGCACCUGAUCGACCGUGCGACGGGUGCCGAAGUGUCGCGCAACGUACCAG